AAGGAGGGAAAAUUCGGGAAAAAUUGAGGGAGAAGGGGAGAAAAUUGGCGAAGCUUAGAAGGAAUAUUGGAGAGACCGAGAGGGAGAGAGAGAGCAGAGAAGAAGAGGAAGUACAGCAACUUGUAUUCGAAAUUUCAAGGAAUAUAAAGUUUGAUUUUUCUAUAUUUUUCAGGUGAUGAAUUCGACCAAGAGGAGGAAAAUGGUGAAUUUAGAGUUACAAUGUGCGCCGUUAUCCAAGAGGAACAAGUCAUACAAGGAUGUAUUCUCUAUGCAAACCAAAAGACCUUGUGUAAAAGACUUGGUUACUUCUUGAAAUAGUCUAAGUAAUCUUGACAAAGUGAGGUUUGACAAGAAAGUUGGUAGAAUAGU